GGCUGAGAGGAAGCCGACUCUCACCCCACCCCUGCUCUGUCUGCCCCAGCCUAGCCCCGCUCCUCUGGGGACCAUGGAGCUGCCUGGGGCCCUCAUCCUGCUGUUGCUGCUGGGACAGAUUCUGCUCCCCGCACAGGCCCGGGAACGCCAGCGGCUGCCCUCUAGAGCCAGAGCCAGGCCGGCUCGGACCCAGCUGCACCUACAGCGAGGCCCCCUUGGGAGCUCCUGCGAGAAGAAGCGCGCAGACCUGGUCUUCGUCAUUGACAGCUCUCGCAGCGUGAGCGUCCAGGACUAUGCCCGGGUCAAGGAGUUCCUGGUGGGCAUCCUGCGCUUCCUGGACGUGGGGCCCGAUGCCACCAGGGUGGGCCUGCUGCAGUACGCGAGCACCGUCAAGAGCGAGUUCUCGCUGGGCACCUUCGGGAGCAAGGCCGAGGUGCAGCGCGCCGUCCUGGGCAUGCGGCGCCUGUCCACCGGCACCAUGACCGGGCUGGCCCUGCAGUACGCCCUCAGCAUCGCCUUCUCAGAGGCCGAGGGGGCCCGGCCGCUGCGAGCCGGGGUGCCCCGCGUCCUCAUGGUCGUCACGGACGGCAGGCCCCAGGACUCGGUGGCCGAGGUGGCGGCCAGGGCGCGCAACGCGGGCAUCCUCAUCUUCGCCAUCGGGGUCGGCCAGGUGGACAUGGGCACGCUCAAGGCCAUGGGCAGCCAGCCCCACCGGGACCACGUCUUCCUCGUGGCCAACUUCAGCCAGAUCGAGUCCCUCCUCUCCGUGUUCCAGAAGAAGCUGUGUGUGACCCACAUGUGCAGUGUCCUGGAGCAGCCCUGCGCUCACUUCUGCAUCAAUACCCCUGGCUCCUACAUCUGCAGCUGCAGGCCUGGCUACAGUCUCGACUCAGACCAGAGGACGUGCACAAUCCAGGACCUGUGUGCGGGGGAGACCCACGGAUGUGAGCAGCUUUGUGUCGCCAUGCUAGGCAGCAUCGCCUGCCAAUGCUUCAGGGGCUACGAGCUGGCCCCCGACGGGAAACACUGUGUGGCUGUGGACUACUGCGCCUCCGAAAACCCCGGCUGUGAGCACGAGUGUGUGAAUGCAGAAGGUUCCUAUUUCUGCCGUUGUCCUAAGGGAUUCUCUCUUAACCCAGAUCAAAAAACCUGUACAAAGAUAGAUCACUGUGCCUCCCAGGACCACGGCUGCCAGCAAGAGUGUGUCAACAUGGUUGACUCCUACGCCUGCCGCUGCCUGAGAGGUUUCACCCUGAAUCCCGAUAGAAAAACCUGCAGGAGAAUCAAUUACUGUGCACUAUACAAGCCCCAUUGUGAGCACGAAUGCACCAACCUGGAGGAGGGGUUCUCCUGCCGCUGCCACCGGGGCUACACCCUGGACCCCAAUGGCCGGACCUGCAGCCGGGUGGACCACUGUGCACAGCAGGAGCACGGCUGCGAGCAACUCUGUCUGAACACCGAUGACUCCUAUGUGUGCCAGUGCUCCGAGGGUUUCCUCAUCAAUGACGACCUCAAGACCUGCUCGCGUGUGGAUUACUGCCUGCUGAGCCAACACGGGUGCGAGCAUGCCUGCGUCAGCACAGACACGUCCUUUGUCUGUCAGUGCCCAGAGGGACACGUGCUCCGUGACGACGGCAAAACCUGUGCCAAAUUGGAUGUGUGUGCUUUGGGGGACCAUGGCUGUGAACAUUCUUGUGUUAGCCUCAGGGACUCAUUCGUGUGCCAGUGUUAUGAAGGGUACAAGCUCAGUGAGGACGGCAAGACCUGCAGGAGGCGAGACCCCUGCCAAGAAGGAGCACAUGACUGUGAGCACCUGUGUGUGAGCAACGGCCUCUCCUACAGCUGCAGGUGCCGGGAUGGCUUCCGCCUGGCGCCCAAUGGGAGACACUGCCUUCGGAAGGAUGCCUGCAAGUCCAUGGCGCAUGGCUGUGAGCACAUGUGUGUCAACCGCGGCAGCUCCUAUGUCUGCAAAUGCUCUGAGGGCUUCGUGCUGGCCGAGGAUGGGAAACAUUGCAAAUGGUGCACGGAAGGUCCAAUUGAUUUGGUCUUCGUGAUCGAUGGAUCCAAAAGCCUUGGGGAGGAGAACUUUGAGAUCGUGAAGCAGUUUGUUACCAGCAUCAUCGAUUCCCUGGCCGUGUCCCCCAAAGCAGCACGUGUGGGGCUGCUGCAGUACUCCACGCAGGUCCGCACAGAGUUCACCCUGCGGGACUUCAGCUCGGCCAAAGACAUGAAGAAGGCCGUGGCCUACAUGAAGUACAUGGGCAAGGGCUCCAUGACUGGCCUGGCCCUCAAACACAUGUUCGAGAGAAGCUUCACCCAGGCUGAAGGAGCCAGGCCUCUCUCUAGUCGGGUGCCCCGUGUGGCCAUCGUGUUCACGGAUGGGCGGGCUCAGGAUGAUGUCUCCGAGUGGGCCAAUAAAGCCAAAGCCAAUGGUGUGACACUGUAUGCCGUGGGCGUGGGGAAGGCCAUCGAGGAAGAGCUGCAGGAGAUUGCGUCGGCGCCCCCUGACAGGCACCUCUUCUAUGCCGAAGACUUCAGCACCAUGGGCCAGAUCAGUGACAAGCUGAAGAAGGGCAUCUGCCAAGCUCUGGAAGAUGCUGACCGUAGCCAAGACUCCCCUGCAGGGGACCAGCAUGAAAAGGAGCAGCAGCCCCCAGAGUCUGAGUCGUCCACCAUACGCAUCCAGGACCUCCUGUCCUGUUCAAAUUUUGCAGUGCAACACCGAUACCUGUUUGAGGAAGGGAACCUCUCGCAGGCUGCACAGAAACUUUCCCACUCACCUAAUGUUGCAGGACGGACCCUGGAAACCAACCAUGAGCACUGCAAGUGUGAGGACCUGCUCGCCGCCCAGAGUCUGGCCAGCAUGGAGCUCCGGAAGCUGGGACAGCACCUAGAAGAAAUGACUCAGAGACUGGAGGUCCUGGAGAACCGCCUGAAAUACAGAUGAAGCUCCCGAAUGUUCUGUCCAACGAAGGCACUGCCGGACUUCAGCACGGAUUUGUCAUCCAGCGAUUGCUGGA